AUGGAUGAAUCCAAGGAUCACGCGAGCUCGGCCAUCGAUAGCUCCAAGGAGGCAGCCGCCACAUCGCCAGCCCCUCCAUCGAGAUCAAAUUCUUCUUCGAGCAUUCACAGGAUACCCAGUCAUCGACAGAGUUUCGCGGAGAAUCUCAGAGGCCUUCCACCUUCCCCACGCAGCCAGCGACAUCCCUCCCUCACACAGGCUGCCAUCCAGGAUUUACUCAACCAUCCACCGACAACAAGGCCCCAAAACCCCCGCUUCGCCGGCAGGGACUGGCGCGAUGUCCAAGUCGGCGAGCUCAUCCCCAAGGAUGACCUGAAAUGGGUGGAUAUGGACACGAGCGUUGAGGACGCUACCAUGCUCCUGCUAAAGAACAUGUCUAGCAAUAUCGUUCUCAUUCGGGACGACGCUUCUCAGGAUAUUGCCGUGUCGACGUUCGAUCAUAACGACUUGAACGCCUAUCUACUUGUAGUCGUUGGUUUGGCUCAUCCAACAGACGACUUGGUCUCACUUUACGACUCCCUUGUCGGAAAGGCGCAGGCACAUGAAAGCAUUCCCUUGCGGGAUAUUCAGCCCAUCUGUCGGAAGGAGGCUUUAGUCACACUGCCUGGCGACGAAAAUCUAGCCAAGGUAAUCGAAAUAUUCGGCAGUGGCGUUCAUCGACUUCUCGUAACCAAUUCAUCGGGUGAUGUUGUGGGCGUGCUUAGCCAACUUAGACUUGUUGAGUUUUUCUGGAACGAAGGCAUCAAUUUCAGGGCCAUUGAUGAGCUAUAUCCCAGGCUUAUGCGAGACCUCGGAAUUGGUUCUCAGCAGAUAAUUGCCGUUAAUGCCGAUAACCCCUUGGCCGAUGCUCUCAGUCUCAUGAGCAACGAGGGCCUGUCGAGCGUCGCGGUUGUUGACAAUGGCCGCAAUGUUGUCGGCAAUAUCUCGACAGUAGAUGUCAGACUUCUCACCAAUGCCGCAAGUUUGCCUCUGUUACAGAGCACAUGCAUGCACUUCAUUUCCGUUAUAUUGAAUGAACGCGGCGUAGAGAAGGGCAAGGACUCAUUUCCAGUCUUCUAUGUAAACCCCUACUCAACGCUCGCACAUACCGUCGCCAAACUGGUCGCAACCAGAAGUCACCGUAUGUGGGUAGUUGAGUCUGCCUCGCCUUCGCCUUCGGCCCCUGCUACUCCACUCCUCGGCCCAACUGUUCUAGUGCCAAACUCAACAUCCAGCUCUCAGUCCUCUCUGGCUACGGGAACACACUUCCCCUCGGUCCCAACGUCUACGAUGGCGGGCGCGAAUAUCUCUGGGCGCUUGACCGGUGUCGUGACACUGACUGAUAUUUUGAACUUGUUCGCAAGAAACUCGGGAUUACACCCGUCGGAUCCCAGUGAGCAGCGAGCGCGCAGACGGCGGAGCUCGAGCAGCUCUUUACGACCAUCUAUGGAGGCUUCACGGUCUAGUAUUGACCUGAGACGUUGA